AUGAAAAACCUUAUAAUAUUUUGUGUGGUAUUGGAAAAGCUAAUCGCAGAUAAUACACAAACACAGAAUCUAACUUCAAACAGACAACAAGCGACUUGCGGUAUCGAUAACUCACCAAUAUCAGUUGUGUAUGAAGGCUACGCCAAAAUAGAGACAUACCCAUGGCUUGGCACGUUAUAUUAUCCGAUGAGUGACAAAUGGAUGACGACGUCGGUUGUGCUAGUGUCAAAACAAAUUGCGAUCGGGGCCGCGCUGGACGUGGACAAAGUGCCUAAGAUCGAUUUCAGGUCCAAAUCAAGAGUUGUUAUUGGUACUAACUGCAGUGGGCCAGCUCUCCGCGUAAAGGACUAUUCUUUUCAUCCGGAUUACCCCAAAACAACCCUGAGCGCACUUGCCUUAAUUCAAUUGGAAAAUGAUCCACAAAUGAUAGGAUUUCGGCCAAUAUGUGCGCCGCCCACCGCAUUAAAUAAUGCACAAUUCUACAGCAUGACACUUUCAAAUGAGUGUCACAUAUCUACUAUACGGUUACAAAAAAUGGCGUACGUCGACUAUCAGACCUGUAAAGAAUUUUACCGCCAAACUGAGUUGGACAUUGAGUCAAUGUGGCCUCCAUAUGUUGUUUGCGCGAGAGCCAUGCUGGGAAAGAGUUGUGUGUGGCGAAGCGGCACAGUUUUGGCGCUUCGUCAGAAUAAUAGGUGGAGUUUGGUUGGAGUAGGAGUCGCUGGACCGGGAUGCAAUGCACCAGCUCGCUUCAUGGAAUACAACCAGUAUCGACCCUGGGUGAGGAACAGCGUGCUCAGGAUCGGUAGACCAACGGUCACCAGGAUAGCUGAUAAUCAGAUUAUAAUGCGUCGUAGUCUUGCAAGAAUACAACGAUAUGGUCCGUGCGAUCCGGAAGAAAUUAAAUCUGAACUCUACACCGAUCACACUAAAAUCGAACACUUUCCAAACCCGAAAAAGCACAGAGCAAGUUACAAUUUUACAAUAUUCGCGAACUUCGAGUACUCCUGCAUUGUGUUCCAAGUAUUCCAUUAUAAUAAAUGGGCGACAGAAAAACCAAAAAUAUACCUCCAUAAAUGGUGUUUAUCCCCGAAACCACUCUGCUAUGGAAUGCAUUUCCUCCAAAUAGACUUCUAUGUUGAAAUAUUCUUUAAAGAGUCAAUCACGUACCGAGUCAUGGUGUAUGGUCAAGAAAUAAAAUUCUUAGAUAUUAAACGUGCUACGGCAUAUUUUAAUACUAAAAGAAAAUAUCCGGGAGUGCCGUUUGUUAGAAUGGGUAUUAAUACAACAGGGAGACGUUGA